GAUGGGGGAGCAAGAUGGUUGGCUGGAGGCUAACAGUGUAGACUGGAUGGCCAUCUUGGAUUCCCAGACCCAGACCCUGAAGGGCUCCAGGGAUGACAUCAACAAGCCAGCCUGGACCAGAGGCGACAUAGUGGCGGCCAGUGGAUGGGAUAGCGUCCUUAACUCUGGGCUUGGGAGCAUUGUUCAACAUAACCAGAAACUGACAGUUGAACACAAAACAACAUCUAAACUUAAACUCCAUGACAACAUACUGGUUGAGGCAAGGGUGAGGCGUAGAUUUGGUCCACUGGGACGGGGAGGUGUCCGUAUGAGAACAGACACAGACUCGGCUAGCAAUUCUCCGUCCUGCUCCUAUAGUUGUGAUUCAGAGAGACUGAUGGGGCCUCAGGUUUACCCCCUAACAGGUUCUGCCUUCAGCCUGCCUUCUAAAGGUUCUAUCAACUUGAACAUGGACCCUGCGACAACACAGACACUCUCUGGCCUUCGUCCUCCUCACACUCUCCUGUUAAACCAGACCUCAGACAAUAUCAGUGCCUCAACACUUAAUGGCUACACAAGUCCAUUGACAAAUGACAGUAGUAGUAGUAACGCUAUCAGCAGAUCCAGUGGCAAAGAGAAGCGCUUCCCGUGUUCAUUCUGUGGGAAAGCCUUCAGUUUCCCCAAACAGAUGGAGAUCCACCAGAGGAUGCACACGGGGGAGAAACCAUUUGGCUGCCAGCUGUGCCGGGCCAGUUUCUCUCAAUCAUCCAACCUGAAGAGUUUCCAGUCCAUGAAGAUCUGCUGA